AUGGGUGGAAAAAAGCAUCAACCCGGACUUGGCAAAAAAGCUGGUGAAAAAGGUACAUUUAAGAAAGGCAUAUCAAAAAAGAAAAAACAACAAAAAGAUUUUCAAAAAGUUAAACUUAAAGCUGGUAAUCUUCGUCCAAAAGGUCUUAAUGAAACAAAAUUAGAAUUUCAAUCUAAAUCAAUUCUUAUACGUGAACAAAUUCGUGAAGAUUUAGGUCCUGAACGUAUACAAGAUAUUAUUCUUCGAUUACGUAAAGGUACAUUAUCACAAAAACUAGCUGUACUUGAUUCAUUAAAAACACGUUUACAAAAUGAUGAAAUUAGUUCAUGGUUACCAUCACUUCAAUCACUUCUUGAUACAUCUACAUCAUAUAUUUCAUUAGAAAGUGUUAGUCAUUAUCGAUCAGCAUUACAAUGUUUAAAAACAAUAUUUUCACGUGUUCAACCAACAGAAAGUUUAGAUCCAUUAAUGCCACUUAUUUCUCAACGUUUAAUUUCUUUAAUGACUCAUUUAAAUGAUGAUAUUCGUGAACGAUCAGUACCAGUACUUGAAUUACUUCUUCAUCAAUCAUAUUCAUCAACAUUAUUAACAAAUCAUGCAUUACCAAUACUUGAAAGUUUACUUCAACAAUUAAUGAAAACAAGUCGAUCAGAAAGACAAUUUAUUAGUACGAUUGAUACAACAACAGCUGGAAGUAAUAGUGGACAUGCUAGAUUACUUGAUUGUAUUGCACAAUUAGUUAAUAUCGUUUUUGAUAAAUAUAAUGAUGAACAACCAAAUAAAAAAGAGAAUAAUCAAAAUGAAGAACAACAGCAAACAUUAUUUGAUGUAUUACAAAAUACAAAAUUAAAACCGUUUAGAUUUAUAGAUCAAGUAUUUCAAAUUCGUUCAGAUUCUCAAAUACUUUCACGUGUUAUUGAUACACUUUUAAAAGUUCUUUUACAAUUUUGGUCAGAAAUGCGUAUACAUCUUGGUGAUCGUCAUCAUCAUCGUGAUGCAUUAUCAUGUUUAUGGUGUUGUACGCGAAUAUUUCAUCGUUUAAUGAGUUCAAUAUUAUCAAGUCAACAUUAUACAGAUCUUCAUUCAAUUAUUGCUCAACAAUCUUCAUUAAUACAUAAACAUUUAUUACAAAAUUUUCCAUUUGAUGAACAUCAAGGUUCGGAUACAUUAUCAUCAAAACAGAUUCAACAAAAAAAUUUAACUGUUAGACGUUUAAAUAUUCAUAUUAUUGAUUUAUUAUCAACACAAUUUCCACGUAUACAAGAACAAAUACAUAAAAGUUUAAAUCAAUCAUCAUUUCAUUUAAAAUCUGAUCAAAUGCAACCAUUACUGAAUUAUAUGUUUGAUUUACUUAAUAAUAAUGAAAACUUAAAUGUUCAUGAAACAAAAGAUACACUUGAAUAUAUUGAAAAAUGUAUUCAUUCAUUUCGAGAUGAUGAAAUUAUUCAACAAUGUAUUGAUGGUAUUUCAAAAUAUAUUCAAAGAUCGAUAAAUGAUCUUCAUACAAAUUCAAUUGCUUUUCGAAUUCUUUGUGAUAGUAUUUCAUUGAAAAUUGCUAAACUUGAUCCACAACUUAUUUCAUCAUUACCAGCAGAUGAUAUGGUUUGAGUAGUAGCAGCCAUCAUUAUCGCAUUCUUACACUUGAUCUCGUAA